AAGUCACACUGCUUUCCCGAACGAACUUGUUUUCUUCCGUGGUAAGGCCAGUCCCGUGGGCGGUACUUGGCCUGCCUUAUCUGGGCCUCAGGGACAUCUGAGCCCGAUGACUUCACUGGUGGCAGUUGCAGAGUUCAGACAAGAGCCAAGUAUGCAGGUACUGUCCAAAAACCACUGACCAGAACAGUUGUCUCCUGAGGCCCAUCCUAUGAAUGAGCCAUGGCAGCCUACCCUGUAACAUCCACUGGCUCAUUUCCCAGAAUUCUCUGGACCCUCCUUCUCCUGGCUGCCUCUCUGAAUGCCCAGAAUCAAAAGUGGGACAACCCAGUAUGCACGGAACCACUGCAAGUGUCUGCUCCCAGAGGUAGCCACGUGCUGAUGGCUUGUAACAUCUCCAACACCUUUAGAGAUGUCACCAUUGAGCUGACUGCCAAUGGAAAGAUGACCAUCUUUAACCAAAAGCCUCCAGGAAGCUACGUUAAAGAUUCAUGGCACCUCCAUAUUCAAGGAGGUCAUGCCCAACUGGUGAUCAAGAAAGUCCAGGACAUCCACGCAGGGGAGUACCGGUGGAAGCUGCAUGGACUCCAGAGAAAAGUUGAAAUUUUGACCCUGAAUGUUACUGACCUAGACACCACCGACCAGGAGCCAGAGAGCUUGCAAGUCAACGCUGAGCCCCCACCUUCAGGGAACAACUGGGUCAUUGUCAUCAUUGUCAUCAUCAUCAUCAUCGUUAUCAGCAUAAUAGUAGUCAGUGUGUGUGUCUGCUGCAAGUGCUCCCGUUCCCUGAAGUACCACAGAUAUGAAGGGCCAGGGCCUGGUCUGAGUCAUGGGUUUCCUGGCGGUCUCCACGGCCCCCACCGGACGCUGCCCAAGGUCUUCCAUGUCUUGCAGCAAAAGAAGAUAAUUUGGCAUGGUGCUCGCGGAGGUGAAAAGAGAGUGCUGGAUCCCCUGAAAUCGGAGCUACAAAUGGUUUGAACCACCACGCACGUGCCAGGAACUGAAACCAAGUCCUUUGCGAGAAAAACAAGUGCUCUUACUGCCUAGUCCAUGAUUCUUGUUGUUUUUGUUUUGUUUUGUUUUGUUUUUUGAGAGAGGGUUUCUCUGUGUAUCCCUGAUUGUCCUGGAACUCACUCUGUAGACCAGGCUGGCCUCGAACUCACAGAGCUAUACCUGGCUCUGCCUCUUAGGUACUGGGAUUAAAGGCGUGUGCCACCACGCCCCAUUUAUCUUUUUAUUUUUUUAUUUGUUGUAGAUUUUUAUUCUGUUUUAUUUUAGACAAGGUCAGAGUAAGUAAUCCUGGCUGGCCUGGAAUUCACUAUGUAGAACAGGCUGACCUCAAACUCACAGAUAUCCACCUGCUCUGCCCGCUGAGUACUGGUAUUAAAAGUGUGUACCGCCA